AUGAAUCGUUUUUACGUCGUUUUGAUUGGAUUUUUGUUGGCAAUCGCCAAUUUAUCUUUGGCAAAGGAGAGUCAGCAAGAAGUCCCUCGUGGUCAUAUGCAGGAUUUAGGGCUACACCGCGAUUCGGAAGGUCAUAUUGAUAUUUUGCAAGAAAUACCAUCAGCAGAAGAAUUUUGGAGAAAGUAUGUUAGUAAAAGGACAGCGGUACUUAUAAAGGGAGCCGCUAAAGAUUUCCCGGCCAAAUCUUUAUGGACUGAUCCGUACAUAUCGGAAAAGUAUGGCCACUUAAAUGUUCGAUUAGAGAGCAAAAGAGAAGGUUAUCAAUAUCCAGCCGGUGAUGUUAGCUUAGCUCGCGACUCUCUUAAACAUUUUGUAUCAACUUAUGUUAAGGAGAAUAAGUACAUCGUUUCUCAACUCCCUAAACCGAUGUACGGCGACGUCUUAGUUCCUCCUUGUCUAGCAUGCGGUGAUUUUAAUGAUUCUAUCGUUGAAGUAAAUUACUGGAUGAGUAGUGGUGGAACCAGGAGUUUACUACACAAAGAUGCGCCCAAUAUCCUCAAUUGUGUACUCAAUGGGACGAAAGAUUGGAUUUUGAUUAGACCUGAGCAUGAAUAUAUGGUACCAUUGGCAAAAGAGCCAUCUAUGGAUGGUGGAGGUUAUUCUGUACUUAAAGUAACCAAGGUCGAUUUAAUCCAGUUCUCAAAAUUCCGCGAUUGCCCAUAUCAUAUUGCUAACGUAUCAGCAGGAGAUUGCUUAUACGUCCCUUAUGGUACAUUACAUCAUGUCCGAUCAUACGGCGAAAAAAACAUGGCCGUGUCCUUUUUGUUUUCUCGCAGUUUAUCGCAUUCUAAAAAGUUUAAUGACGCCGGUUGCGAGAAACAAGGACCUAAAAACUUAGCGGAUUCAACAGUUGCUUGGGAUUUUGAUGGGGCCACGACACUGACGAUGGGAUUACAAGAACCAGCAGUAUACAGGAGAGCAGCAUUACGCGCAUUCCGAGGAAAGAAGAAUAUAACUACUAAACUCUUCAUGAAAAGGAUAGGACAGACUAUACUUCCGGAAGAUCCACAAAAAAGACGUGAAGCAAGAAAGAAAGCUAUUGAAAACUUUAAAUUGAAAAAUAAAAAAUUUAUCACCGUGGACGAAAUAUCGGCUUUACCUAUGGAUGCGUUUAAACCAAUAAUUUUCAUAUCAGAAUUGGAUCCUGUUAACACACUACAAUAUGAGUAUCGCUUGUUUACUAAAGAUCAAAUGAGGGAGGUCUUUCGUGAAGUAAAAGAUGAAAAGGGUGGCAUUGACUGUGAACAAUUUAAAGAAUAUUAUAGGCGUAACCUGGGUGGAUCGGAACGAGUAGCUAUUGAGGUUAUACAAGAGUUUGACAACGAUAAAGAUGGCAAAAUCAGCAAAAAGGAGCGAAAAAAGAACAUGAAACGUGUAUUAAACUUAUUUGAAGAUGAUAUGCCACCUGAACACGUUAACGACUAUGCAGAUGUUUUUGUGUAUCGCGAUCAAAGGGAACAGGUGCCAAAGGUUGAUCCAAUGGAAAUCUACUAUGAUGGUGAUGCGGAAAAAAAGUAUGAAUUUUACCGAAAAGGGGAAGGUGAAGGAAUUCGUGUGAAAGAAGGUUAUACUCAGUUCGAGGAUGGAGAAGAUCCACUUUUUACGAGCCGAAAAGAACUUUCAACUAAGGGAGAAAAUAAGGAUGAAAGAAAUGGCGAUGAAGAGGAGGAAGAAAUGCAGAUGCCAGAUGAAGAAGAAGACGUCGACGAAUAUCCCAACCGAGAUUCUCGUGAUGAAUUGUAA